GCGCUCUGUGUUUAUUCUCUCGUGCGCUUGUUUUGUUGGUUAGUGUUUGUGUUUUACUCAUACAGCUCUUUACAGUCAGGCAAGAGGAGCCUCGCGUUUUCUCUGCUGUCAUUUUGCGUUCUUCCUUUUGAAGACUAACUUCAUUAAGAGUGACGGAUGGAUUUUCUGUGGUUGGUGUGCGCGCUGCUGAGCGCCUGGUGCGUGUCCGCGGAGCGCCACAGCGUCUACUGGAACAGCAGCAACCCAAACUUCAUGGGUGACGAAUACACGGUGCACGUGCGCAUCAACGACUACCUGGACAUCAUCUGCCCACACUACAAACGUGGUGAGAUCCCGUCCCAGCAGGCCGAGCGCUACGUCCUCUACAUGGUGGACUUGGAGGACUAUGAGGUGUGCAAGCCGCAUUCGUUUGAUCAGCUGCGCUGGGAGUGCUCCAGGCCCUUCGCUGCCCACGCACCCGAGAAGUUCUCCGAAAAGUUCCAACGCUUCACACCUUUCACGCUGGGCAAGGAGUUCCGCCAAGGAGAGAGCUACUACUACAUCUCCAAGCCUCUGCACCAGCAUGGGAGCGACUGUCUGCGGCUAAAGGUCGACGUAGUCGGACCUCAUGGUUCCAAAAACCACAAGAAGACGACAGAGAAAGAGGAGGAGACGGAGGGAGGAAAGCACGGAAGAAUGGGCGCAGGAGGAGUGCACAACCCAUCCAACAGGCUUCCGGCAGAUGAUCCUGUUGCUAUGAUUCCAGUCGUUCAGAGGAGUGUAGGCAGCUCUGCCAUUCACAUCACACCAGUCUCCUUCAUCAUCACACUCGUCCCUGUCUUCCUCCUGCUCUUACACUGAGACCGACUUCUCCACUGGUCCAUUUGGACCUGCUGAUGAACAGACUUUUUACCAGCGCUGGUUGCUGGAUCUGAAAAUAUGGAUUUUAUACACAGAUUUUUUUUUUAUAUGUUAAAUGAUGUGAAGCAUGGGUGCUGGUGUGUAAGUUGUUGAGUGACGUGCUUGUGUUUGUGCGAGUGACUGUGAUAUUUGGAUUUUUAAAAAUUUGUUAUCCAUACUCUUUGUUUUUAAAGAGGAAGAUUAUUACCUAACAGCUAUCCCUGUUUGCCUUUUUUUUACUUUACUCUUGUAGUCUGUGUAAAGAGCACAGAUUGGAGGUCUUCUUUAAGCAGCAGCUGGAAGAUCUGAAUGGACCCACUGUGUAACUGCAUUUUUUUUUUUUAUUAGUGUCAUAUAUACGGUAUAUAUAAAAAAAGUUCUCAAACUCUGUGAGCCAACAAAUAUGCUGGUAUUCUCAAAUAUGUCCUGCUCUUGGUCCUCCGAGGAAAAAGACUUGUGCAUGUUGUCAUGUAUGUGCAGCCUGAAAUGUAGCCAUUUGCAAGCGUUUUGUCAGAUUUCCUAUUUUUUUGCCUCAAAGCCUACAAGGUGGUUUAUGUAAUGAAGCACUAUAUGUAAUUUAACAGACACUAAAUCUGUUUUAUACAAGCAAACUGACAUAAAUGUACAUAUACCCACAGAUGUACAGUUGUGCUGAGGGUGCGUGCGUGCGUGCGUGCGUGCGUGCGUGUGUGUGUGUGUGUGUGUGUGUGUGUGUGUGAGAAAGAGAGAGAGAGAGAGAGAGAGAGAGAUGGAGGAGCUGGUCUUCUCUGACAUUAGAACAAGCUCAGUACAACUGUACAUACACACACACUCAUGGACGCAGGGAAGUGUGGAACUCUAAAAGUUCACAAGACAAGCUGUGUUUUCUUUAUUUCUGUGGAUCUGUAAAUAAUUGUGUAAAGAGUGUACAUAGAGAGUUAUAUAAUGCAUUUGUUAAUUAUGAAAAUGUUCAAAAAUGUGAAAGAAAAUAAAAAAACAUUGUGAUACGUUAAAAAAAAA